CUUGCUUCUUCGCCGAACCGAAGCAGAAGGCACGGAGGCAUCACAGAAAAAAGACAGAAGAGAAGUGCUUCCAUGGCACAUUCCCGACAAAACCAUUGCAACAACUUCCAAACCGCUCACCUUACCUGUACCAGUACAGUACGAGCUCUAACUACUAGCUGAAGAACCAAAGCCACCAUGACGCCCCGCAGCUCCACCACGAGAAGAAUCCACAAUGAACUAUCCCUGAAGAGACGGGCCCGAUGGAUCGUCGCGACCUUGCUGAUUGCCCACCAUUAUUCCUAUCCAAUGACAACACAAUUAUCAUCAUCAACGACUUCAGCCUUUGCUUUGGCACUUGGACCGAUUCGCGUGUGGCCGGGACGGAAUUCCUUUUGCUGGGAAGCCGAUGUCGACUGUGAAAGUGGCAUUGCGUCUUCCCGAGAAAUCAUGCAUUCAUCUCCCAAAAGUUCCAUUGCCAAACAUUUUCGAGGCAAAUCAUCUUCCUCCUCGACGUCGUCGCUGGAUCCGAGCCGUUUUUCGUCCCACUUGUCUUCUCCAUCACCACUUCCCACCACUUCGGCAGGCGUCCAAAUGUCCAUGUCCAGUUCUUCCUUGCCUUCUCCCGCUUCUUCUGCUGUACACGAUGUUUGGACCGAUGUCACGAAACGACUCGAAGAGUAUCCACAAUGGCUGGUACGAGGCGCCGUCACGUGGGGAUUGUUCCAUGCCGUGCCCAUUCCAGGAGGAGGAUUUUCACUGCAAGAUCGAUUCUUGGGCAUUAAUUUCCUCAUUUUUGGUCGACCUCAUGCCUCACGAUUUUCCUUUCUCAAAACAGUCACUAGCAAACACAAUGCACGCCUGCAAACACGAGAAGGAGAUGCCACCGUGACACUACCCAUUAUUGGUGGAGUGCUGGCUCUGAAAAACGGGUACGGCGACAGAGGAUGUCUGUGGUUCCGACUGCAACACAAUGAAGCACUGCAAGAAACCAAAAUGAUUACCGAAAUUCGGGGAUAUCAUCCCUUUUUGAUUGGUGACAAGCUUCCCAUUCCGUUCUUCCGAAAAAUGAUUUAUCUAUCCACCCAAUCUGUCAUUCAUGCCUAUGUCAUGUGGCGAUUUCAAAGGCACUGUCUACAUACACCAUACAAACCGACUCCCACGGAGGCUUCGCUCCCCAUGGACGGUGGAUCCACGGCAGUAUCCAGAUACACAAAUUGAAAUUCUUGGAAUGAAUCCUACUUUUUCAUGUAUACGACAAUUCACAUUUUAGAUCACUACGGAACUACGGAACUGUAGGUAGCUGCUCAUUAGAUUUUAAUGAAUAGGACUGCAUAAUAUGCCUUGACGGGUGGUUUUCCCUAAC